AGCCCGAUUGCGCGUGCGUAUCCAGACGUGGCAACGGCAUCAUGGCUUCUUGGAACCGCUACGGGAGUGGGAUGAGAGAGCUGAAAAUGUACAUAUUCUUCUUGUUGGUGUGCCUGGCGUCUGUGCUGCAGGCGGCGGUGAAGGUCUCUCCUCUGAUAGAGAAGGUCAGUGACCACAAGGACUUAAAGAAGCUCCUGAGGACCCGAACUAAUGUCCUGGUGCUCUACACUAAAUCAGCUACCUCCGGGGACUCUAAGUUCAAGCUGCUGUCUGACGUGGCCCAGGUUGUCAAAGGACAGGGCACCAUCGCCUGGGUCAACUGUGGGGAUUCAGAGGGACGUAAACUGUGUAAGAAAGUGAAGGUAGAUCCCAGCUCAAAAAGUGGUGGCGCAAAACUCCUGCAUUAUAAAGAUGGCACGUUCCAUACAGAAUACAACAGGCCUGCUACAUACAAGUCCAUGGUGGCGUUUUUAAAAGACCCCACAGGAGCCCCUCUUUGGGAGGAGAACCCAGAAGCUAAAGAUGUUGUUCAUGUAGAAACUGAGAAAGACUUCAGAAAGCUUCUGAAGAGGGAGGAGAGGCCGAUCCUCAUGAUGCUCUACGCCCCAUGGUGUGGUGUCUGUAAGAGGAUGCAGCCCGUAUUUCAACAGGCAGCUACAGAGACCAAGGGUAAAUUUGUGCUGGCUGGGAUGAACGUGCACCCAGCUGAGUUUGAUGGCCUCAAGCAGGAGUACAACGUCAAGGGCUACCCGACCUUCUGCUACUUCGAGAAGGGGAAGUUCCUGCACCACUAUGAGAACUACGGGGGCACAGCCAAGGACAUCACUGACUGGAUGAAGAAUCCCCAGCCCCCCCAGCCGAAGGUCCCAGAGGUCCAGUGGUCGGAGACUGACUCCCCUGUCUUCCACCUGACUGAUGACUCCUUCGAUGGGUUCCUGGCGGAACACCCGUCUGUCCUGAUCAUGUUCUACGCUCCAUGGUGUGGCCAUUGUAAAAAGAUGAAGCCAGAGUAUGAGGAAGCUGCUGAAUACCUCAACAAAGACAGAAAUAGCCCUGGGGUUCUGGCAGCCGUGGACACCACCAUUCACAAGGCGGUGGGAGACCGCUUCAAGAUCUCCGGCUUCCCCACCGUCAAGUACUUUGAGAAGGGAGAGGAGAAGUUCACUCUACCCCACCUUAGGAGCAAGGACAAGAUCAUUGAAUAUCUGCAGAACCCCCAGGCGCCCCCUCCCCCAGAGCAGUCCUGGGAAGACAAGCCGUCUGGUGUUAGCCAUCUUGGAAUGGAGGACUUCAGGGAAGUGUUGAAGAAGAAGAAGCAUGCCCUCGUCAUGUUCUACGCACCAUGGUGUCCCCACUGUAAGAACGCUGUCCCUCACUUCACCACGGCAGCAGAUCUCUUUAAAGAGGACCGCAAGAUAGCCUAUGCUGCUGUGGACUGCACUAAAGGACAGAACCAGGAGCUGUGCAAGCAGGAGAGUGUAGAAGGCUACCCCACCUUCAACUACUACAACUACGGCAAGUUUGCAGAAAAAUACAAUGGAGACCGAGGGGAGGCAGGGUUUAUAGGUUUCAUGCGCAGCUUGCGGGGGCGGGACCAGGGCAAGAGGAAAGAGGAGCUUUAAGGCAGGGUGUGGAGAGGGAGGAGCCUGUCGUUGCACUGUGACCGUGGCAGGGGCCUCUUAGCACUGACAUCACGUGACGUCGUCAUGACGUAAAAUCACGGAGAGGAGACUUGAGAACCUCGGAGUUUCAGGGGAGAUGCUAAAUGAACACGCCGGGUACACAAAUUGAUGACAUGUUGUGCAGCUGAGAGUCGAAGACGAAUGGAUUCUGUUCAGUCAGUCGUCCUGAUGAGCCCUUCCCAGCUAGCUAGUUCAUGCUGGCAACAGCAGCAUGGCGCUAGUUAAAAUUGAACAGGAAGUGAUCUUUAAUUCGAUGGGUGAGGGAGAAGUAACUUGUAGUAUUGGUCACCAUCUGGAUGUUACCAUGACAUGCCUAUUAGCUAACGUAAUGACAAGCCUGUGUGAAUGACCGGUGCAACAAUGUUGUGUCGAGGUGCUUCCCACUGAGCAGCAGUUGCUUCACCGGCAGCUGUAUCAUAUGCUGUAUCAUAUGCUGUAUCAGCUAAUGUAGCCAAUUUGUUCCAUCCCACUUGAGUAGGAUAGCAGCCUACACGACAAAUAACUUGUAAUAUUGGUAGCAGAGAUUGGAACCAAAAUAAUUUAUUUCUGAACAGAGCUAUUAUUUCAUUCCAUUCCACUGUUCCAACCAGCAAAAGAAAGUUCUGAACCGGUUCAAACCCCCAAAAAGUAGAGGUCUCUUUUAAUAAAUAUAUUUUACAUUUAGCUCAACAUUAAGUUACUUCACCAAUGGAUAAAGCAGAAUGGCGCAGGCAAGCUAUGUACCUGCUUUGGACAGACAAGUGUAGGGUGUGACAUGCGAGUGAAUUUUUGCAGGUGAGGAGAGCACUGGGCAUGAAUCGCUAGGCAUCUUAUUGUUAUGACAUGCAUUAUCUGAAUUAAGCCACAGCAUCAUACCUACGGAGGAGCGGCUUCUAUGAAGGAUCUCUGAAAGUCUUUGAACUUCAGAGAGUUGGCUUAACUAACGUUGGCCCAGAUCUAGCCCUAUCAUGACUCUCAGUUUCAUUACAUUACACAUAAUGCCGUCUAGAGUUUGAGAGCUAGACCAGAGCUAGCUAACAAGCUACCUAGCUAACAAGCUUGUGUGUGGAGAGCGGCACCAGAAUUAAAAUUAAAGCACGUCUUUUUGUAGUUAAUUAAUGCAAUGUGAAACGUGAACUAGAGUAUUGUUAAGUUGCAUUGAAAAAGUUAAUCCAUUGUUCUCUAAUUUAAAAAAUCUCUCCCUAAUUUCUGAAUCAUGCCUGUAACGUCAGUAGGCUACAGUAAACUAUGCAUUCUUUGGAGGGAGGGGCAGGUAGCCUACAAACACUGGCAAAGAUUUUCAGCAGGCAGACACUGGAAUCAUUUCUGAGUGACGGUGAGGGCUUUGCAUAGGCGCUUUGUUCAGUUUUUUGUGGGACUGGGAAAAAAAUGCCUGGAGCAUAAAAUGCCACUAUUAACCGGUUCCCAUGCUUUUAAAAUUAACGGUUCUGUUACGGAACAGUACAGAUCACUUCGUUCUUGGUUCUGUUCCUCCAUUUUUGUUGUCCUUUUCAGAUUUUUGGUUCUGUUGCCUAAACAGGUUCCAACCCCUGAUUGGUAGUUACCAUCUGGAUGUCACCAUGAUAUAGUCUACUACUCAAUGGGGAGAGUUUGCGCUGCAAGCCGGCAACACGACCACACCCAGUGUGUACUUCGCUCCCGCUUGCUGAGCACCUCUGUCCUACAGUAAGGAGAGGGAAGUAGCUAGAUGGCUGUCAUCUUGUUCUGAUAUCGGUGACACUAAAGCACAUUUAUUGUAGUGAUGUUCACAGAAAAUGUACAAUUACGGCAUUAAUGUCUACGUUGUUACUCCGAUUUUUAAAAACAAUUACUUUGAUAAAAACAGUGAUUCUGAACUCUCCCAAGUCUCAAAUUCGGGAGACAAGUUUCAAAUUCUCGUUGAAGUUUCUAGACGCAAGCAUAAACUAGUUAGCUGGGGAGGGCUCACUAGUACGACUGACUGAACUGAAUCAUUUGUCCACACAACUCUCGUUGCACCACAUACGUCAUACAUUUUGGGCACCAGGCAUGUCCAUAUAGCCUCUCUCAGACCACAGAUUUUUUUUUUAUCGAUCAUGUUUGUAAUGCCAGUGGCCACUUUAUUUUUAUUAAUAUUUUGAUGGAAUGAUAAAAAAACAAACAGAAGAACAAGAAAACAGGGAAAUUUGGGCCAAAUACUGUGACUGCAUUUGUGGAAAGCUACACCUUACUGCAGGGUAUCCCAAACUCGGGACUCCAAGGUGUGCACGUUUUGUUUUUGCGCUAGCACUACACAGCUGAUUCAAAUAAUCAAUCAAGCUUUGAUCAUUUGAAUCAGCUGUGUAGUUUUAAGCAAAAACUAAACUGCACACCUUGGGGUCCCAAGGACCGAGUUUGGGAAACACUGCCUUACUGUAUCUAUGCAAUACCAGACCCUCCCUUCCCACUCCUGAGAAUCUGUGUGAUUUGGUGGGCUAGCUGAGCUGUGGUUGCAUGUUCCACCUAUAGCCAGCUACAAGAAUCACUACACUGCAGUCCUAUCCACCCCUGUUCGUUGCCCUGAAGAGGAUUACGAUCUUAAUGUAAGCAUACAACUGUUUGUUCCAAUAUUACAGUUUCAAUAUUUUUGUACAGACCUGUCUCAUGUUAGGUCUUGGUUUGUUUCAGGAGGACAAUGCUCUAUUAGCUGAACUGUGGCCUUAAAUAUCUGUACGGAAGUUAAUCACUCAUCUGAAUCAGAUAGUGGUGAAUGAUUCUAGGCGCUAAAACAUAGCAAAGCUCUUGUGGUGGAUUGAGGCCUGGUGCUUCCAUUCCUCCACGUGUUUCCAAGUCAACCAUGGGAGAAAUAAAUCAAAUCAGACAGGAACAUAAAAUUCCCAAAAUAAAUUAGAAUGUUACUGUACAUUCAUUUCCAGACAUCAAUGAUUUCCAGAAGCCUCCUGUUGUAGUGAUAUGCCUAGUGUCACCUCUUUACAAUAGUCCUGCAUUCCUCUAGUGUAUUCCAUUAAAAACAAAGGCUUUGGAAAAGAUAUGGGGCCCAAUAUGGUUAAUGUGACGUCUCCUAUUGAACAAAACUUUUUCCUCCAUUCUUAAAAUGUUUACAGGAACAAGACACUGUCCCAGUCCAUCCCUUCCACCUUUUGUCUGGGUAGCAGUCAGAACCAUUCAACUCAAUAUCAGUAGGCAUAUGGGAUUAUGAUUACUCUAGAACCCUCAAAUUCAAAUCUGGACCUCAGCCAGUUCCACUGCUUUUUUUUUUCUUCCAUUCUUGGGACUGCUUUAGACCUGGGACACCAGGUGGGGGCAAUUAAUUAUCAGGUAGAACAGAGAACCAGCAGAAGCUGGACCUCGUAGGAUAACAUUUUAAUAACCCUGCUCUAGAUGAUCCAGGAUCUCAGUUCCAUGAUCCAAGAGCAGAUUGCCUCUGUGUGUGACUGUCUCUGUGCCCUGGUCUGGGAAAUGUUAUCCCUUAUGUCCCAGCACAUCCAACUGGAUGACUUCAGAUUUCACAAUAGCGCAGAGAUGUGAGAAAGUCGACGGACCCCCUUAACACUUGGCAGUAUCAUCAAUACCGGAACCAUUACCUUCGUGGCAACUUUAAUGCUGUGUGUUUUCAACUCCCCUGCUUAAGCCACUAUAAAUAUUUAAAGGUCUAUCUGUAGCUGAACUUGUUUUAUUAUUCAGGAGUUUGGUUCCUUUCAUUAUUGAAUAAGGUUCUCAGGGAUAGUGAAAACACAAUUAAAGGGAACUAGCUUGUUUGUAUUGCAGUUGAAUGAUUUUGAGCUCUAGCGUUGCCAAAUUAAAAUUACUGUUUACAUUUGUCUUGUAUGAAAAAUAACAACAUUUUUAUAGAUUUAAAAUGGUCAAGUUUACAUUUCCUGUGCCAAAAAUGGUCAGGAAGUAUUAAAUAAAGCAUUUGGUGCACACACACACUCCCCGAGCUUGGCAGUAUCAUAUAUACCGGCGCCAUUACCAUUAUCUUUGUGGCAACUUUAAUGCUGUGUGUUUUCAACUUCCCUGCUUAAGCCACUAUAAAUAUUUAAAGGCCUAUCUGUAGCUGAACUUGUUUUAUUAUUCAGGAGUUUGGUUCCUUUCAUUAUUGAAUAAGGUUCUCAGGGAUAGCAAAAACACAAUUUAAAGGGAACUAGCUUGUUUGCAUUGCAGUUGAAUGGUUUUGAGCUCUAGAGUCGCCACAUUUAAAACUGUUUACAUUUGUCUUGUAUGAAAAAUGAAAUGUAUAGAUUAAAAUGGUCCCGUUUACAUUUCCUAUGCCGACUCAUGGCAGGAAGUAUUAAAUAAAACGUGGUCCAUAUGGGGGUUAAUGAACUGACUAAUACAUUGUUUGGUAUUCUAAAUGGGCUACUUCCAAAUUAGGUCAGUCUGGAAUGGACUGCUGACUGACAAAGAACAAUAUCUCCAUUCAAUGUUACCAUUACAUUUCUGCAACAUGCAAAACUAACUGCAUCAUCACAGAAUGUUGGAAUAAUGCUUUACUGCUGUUUUAGAUGUUCCGUUAUCUUUCUGUUGAUCAUUUUCUUUGUCUACUUUCACUUUUGUUUCUUCAGUACAUGGCCUCCUCAGUUCUAGCAAAUGGUUGAAGACUUUACAUAAACUUAUCAUAAAGACAACCUUUGUCUUAUCCCAAAGCACUUCGUAUUGUGUGUAAACUGUCACACCUAUGCCAAGAAGUCAUUGUUGCAAGUUGUUGAUUUUCUGUGCCCAGCCAUAUGUACAGUUUUGCACCUUUGAAUGAGGACCUUGCAAAAAAUAAAAACUCAAACAUUUCCAAGA